AUGCUAUUUGGGAUGGCCAGCCUCAUCAAGCUGCUCGUGCUUGCCCCCUGCCUUUAUCGCAGCACCGACUUCGAGGUUCACCGUAACUGGCUAGCGAUAACGCACUCGAAGUCCUUGGUAGACUGGUACUGGGAGGAUACAUCGGAGUGGACGCUAGACUAUCCGCCGCUCUUUGGAUACUUCCAGUGGGCCCUCUCUCAGGCAGCCGUCCACGUGGAGCCGGAUCUAGUGAAGAUCACCCCGUACUACGAGCCUAGCGAGGUGGCAGUGUGGUUUCAGAGAGUUUCAGUUAUGGUGGUGGAUGUGACGAUGGUGCUCGGCGUUGUUGCCUGGUGCAAGGGUGCGAGAAUGCGGCAAAAAUCAGGCGGCGUGCACUCCGGCACUGUCCCGCAAGAUGUGGCGUGUGCAACCUGCGUGGGCCCGUUGGUCCUGCUCAACUCCGGUCUGUUUCUGGUGGAUCAUGUCCACUUCCAGUACAACGGCUUCCUUCUGGGACUGCUGCUCUUGUCCAUGGGGCUGAUCAGACAGGGUAGGGUGCUGUCUGGAGGAGCGACCUUUGCGGGUCUGCUGAUGCUCAAGCACCUCUUCCUGGCGCUCGCGCCGCUGUAUUUCGUAUACCUCUUGAGGAGCUACUGCUGCGGUGCGAGUGCGCAGCAGCUGUCGAAAGGUGUUGGCGGCAGCGGCGAUGUUAGAAGAGGUGGCGAAAGCAGCGUGGGUGAAGCAUCUCAACCCCCCGAGCGAGGAGACCGCAAGGAUCUUCAGCGAGCGGUACCCUCGGUCUCCCACGAACAAGUACAGGCGGUUUCACGUGAAGACGCACCAUUAGCCAGGCUGUCUUGGAAACGGCUGGCCUCUCUUGGCUCUGCCGUGUUGUUCGUUUUUGGGUCGGUGCUAGGACCGCUGUGCGUCUCGGACGGCUGGACGAAGGAUGCAUGCUUGAAGCAGCUGGGGCAGCUCGGGGUCAGGUUGUUCCCGUUCGGCAGGGGGUUGGUCCACGCGUACUGGGCGCCCAACGUGUGGGCAGUGUACCUAUUUCUCGAUCGGGUCUUGCUCGCCUCGCUCAAACUCGCUGGGCUGGCGGCCGUUUCGGACGGGAAGGGGUCCACUACAGGGGGACUUGUGCGGACGGAAAUCAUGGCCAUACUCCCCUCGGUGCCGACUGCGGCCUGCCUCUUCCUUUCCGUCCUCGCGUGCUGGCCGGCCUUCGUGCGGGCGUGGAAGACUCCCUCCGCACAAGUGUUUGCCUGGGGAGUGGUGCACUGCUCGCUGAGCGCGUUUCUCGUGGGUUUCCAUGUGCACGAGAAGGCGCUACUAGUCCCCGCUGUCGUUUCGGCCCUGUUAGCGUCUCACUCCAGGGCCGGUGCAAGGAUGUACCUUCGGCUGUCCUUCCUAGCGGCCUUUGCGGUGUUCCCUCUUCUGCCCGGCCCCGAGCUCAGGGUGCUCAAGGUCGUGCUCUUGAUCACGCACCUGAUGCUGGCGACUUCUCUAUUGGAGCACCGUCAUGCCGAAAACAUCAAGUAUGAGGGAAUGGCGCCUACGCACUCCCGUGUUUCCGAGAGAAUUCUUGCCGACCAUUCCUCGGAAAGGUCUCCCUCCUCGGCUCCUGGGGAACCGUCCAGGAAAGCGAGUGGUAGCGUGACAGAACUUGUUGGUCUAGCUCCAGAGCAACGAGCCGGUGCUGGUGUGGGACGUGUUUCGACAGGGGGAAAGUGUGCACCAGCCCCUUGUUUGUGGACGGGUUGGGACAAGGCCUAUGUUGCCGGGGCUGGAGUUAUUUUUGUUCUGGGAGAGGUUGUGCACCCCUUGGUGUUUCAGGAGGGGACUCUGCCUUUUCUUCCACUGAUGGGUGUGUCGGUGUUUGGCGCAGUCGGUGUGAUGGCAUGUUGGGGGCUGUCGGUCUCGGCCAUUUCCACGACCGUUCAAGGGAAUGAAGAACCAAUGUAA